GCUGAUCGAAGCAAUCCAAGUGAGGGUGGUUUGUUAUUGUUUUUUUUUCUCAGAGUUUUUCCGCAUAUUUCUGUGAUUUUCUCUGAUAAAAACCAAAGAUAAAAGUGUGAAAAGUAGUGAAAAAACCUCUUGAAGCCUGAAACUUGUCAAUCAAUGUGAAAACCAUCAGUUUAUUGGCUAGAAAAGUACUCAUCGGGAGAUAAGGAAAAUUCAAGUCCCUACCACGUCCACAUGUGAGAGAGAGUGUAAUUUUGUUACGUGUCAGAAUGUAGAUGUAGAGCAAAUUGUUCCUUGAGAACGAGCCCAUUUUUAGUCAUAAAAUACUUCUUGCAUGAACUUGAGUGAUUUCUUGGUCUUCUUCGGUGGAAAAUUUCUCAGUGCAUGGUGGAGGAAGAAUGUCUGGUGAAAGGGUAAGUUGCUACUGACCGCAUUUUCUCUGUGGAAUUUACCAAAUUGCGUGGCCCGGAGAUUUACCUCAUACACGAGACGUUUUUUUUCACUCGCAAAAUCUUAUCUCGACGGAAAUACCGAUAAGACAAAUUCUCUGAACAGUAAGACCAUCGACUGGAGGAGGUGAUUGAGGAAGUGGAUCACUGGUUAAAAUCAAGAGUGAUUCGAUAAAGUUCACUGGACCGGAUUGGCUAGAAAGUUGCUCGCGAACAGGUUUCCAGCCACAACAACUUUGAGCCAUUCCAAGGUCUGCAAUCUCCUCCACGUCUUGCUUUUCUGACAGUUUCGUUUUGGCUGCACUCAAGAGUAGACUCACUCAUGGUUCACUUGGACGAACUUACGCUCUAUGAGCCCAAGUUGCUCCAUGAGCUGCAAUUCUGGCAGUCUCCAGCUAAAUUCAAUCCUCCCAUCACAGCUGUGGCUCCCGGCGAGACAUGGAUGAAAGUUAGACCACUGCAGGAGGGUGACUAUGACAGAGGUUUCCUGGAGUUGCUGUCACAGCUGACGAAAGUUGGCAAUGUGUCCAAGGCACAAUUUCUCAUGCAAUUUGCUCAGAUGCGAGCCAGUGGCGGAUACUAUGUCACGGUUAUUGAGGAUACCCGGAUUAAUAGGAUCAUAGGAAGUGCCACUUUGGUGCUGGAGCACAAAUUCAUCCAUGGAUGCUCAGUGAGAGGAAGACUGGAAGAUGUUGUAGUCAACAAUACUUACCGAGGGAAACAACUUGGCAAAUUAAUUGUGGUGACUGUGACUCUUCUGGCGAAGCAUUUGGGUUGUUACAAGAUGUCUCUGGACUGUAAGGACAAUCUUAUUCCUUUCUACGAAUCCCUGGGCUAUGUCCUCGAACCAGGUAACUCAAAUGCCAUGAAUAUCCGUUAUGAUGGUCAGAAGGAGACCACAGUGCGAAAUCGUCCUACGGCAUCGGUUAUCCUGGCUAAUGCCACAAAUCCCGUGGAUCCAUCCUGACAAUUAGCCCCCGGAGCUGCUAAUGCCAAGGUCCGGUCUAAGCUGUAGGGCCAUUUGCGCAUUCUGUACCAAUUUAGCAGUCUCUGGUAGAUUAACAAGUUGAGAUUCUCAUUUUACUUUUUGAUUUUUUUUUAGCUUUGAUUUUUCUUUCGCUGAUUCUCACAAGUUUAGAAAGAAUAAUUUUCCGUUUUCUUUUAUUUUGACUAAAAAAAUAAAUAAAUUAAACAACGGUGGUGGAUUUAUUUAGUUUAUGUGAGUGUAUUUGAAUCACAUAAAGUAUAAAAUAAAAUUAAUCAGUUUACACUUUUACAACAAAUGUUCAUCUCUCACCAAAUAUUUUCUUCGCAUUUUUCCAUUGAUUUUUUUUUUGUCUUUCUAUCUCGGACUAGAAUUAGAAAUUUGAUUUGUUCUUUCACAAUUUUGCAUUUCGGGGAAAAAUUGCAGAGGCUUUUGGGAAAGAUCUUUGACGAGAGAUGGAGGAAAAGAAACAAUGAUAAAUCUCUGUUGUGGAAGGAGAUUAUUUUUGGGCAUUAUAGUAUUUAGAAAGAAAUGGAGAGGAAAAGAAAGCUCAGAUUAAGGGAUUUAUUUUCUUCUUAAGUUUAUGAUAGAAAAUAAUUUUUUUUACUUAAGAUUUUCUUUCAAAUUUUUCUCUUCAUAAAAUUUAAAUGAACCAUUUUUUCAGUUUAUGUGUUUUUUCUUUCUCUCUUUUAUAAAAAGGCCAUUUAUAAGUUUUAUAUAAUUAUUCUUUUCUUAAUAAUCCCUUCUUCAAUAUUCUGUUGUUGUUUUUUUUUCUUGUUGACAAACAUUCAAUGUGUGUGACAGUAACAUAUUUUUUUUUAAUAUAGAAUUUUGUGGUAUAUUUCGGUAAA